AUGCAAUGUGUUAAAAACAUCUCAGCUUCAAGUCAUAACUUAUCAUCAUCAUCAUCAUCAUCAUCAUCAUCAUCAUCAUCAUCAUCAUCAUCAUCAUCAUCAUCAUCAUCAUCAUCAUCAUCAUCAUCAUCAUCAUCAUCAUCAUCAUCAUCAUCAUCAUCAUCAUCAUCAUCAUCAUCAUCAUCAUCAUCAUCAUCAUCAUCAUCAUCAUCAUCAUCAUCAUCAUCAUCAUCAUCAUCAUCAUCAUCAUCAUCAUCAUCAUCAUCAUCAUCAUCAUCAUCAUCAUCAUCAUCAUCAUCAUCAUCAUCAUCAUCAUCAUCAUCAUCAUCAUCAUCAUCAUCAUCAUCAUCAUCAUCAUCAUCAUCAUCAUCAUCAUCAUCAUCAUCAUCAUCAUCAUCAUCAUCAUCAUCAUCAUCAUCAUCAUCAUCAUCAUCAUCAUCAUCAUCAUCAUCAUCAUCAUCAUCAUCAUCAUCAUCAUCAUCAUCAUCAUCAUCAUCAUCAUCAUCAUCAUCAUCAUCAUCAUCAUCAUCAUCAUCAUCAUCAUCAUCAUCAUCAUCAUCAUCAUCAUCAUCAUCAUCAUCAUCAUCAUCAUCAUCUUAUUGCAAUAGGUAUUUUUGUACCACUAAUAAUAUGACACGAUACACGAGGAAUUUAAUUUAA